UGAUGUGACGCAAUCACGUCGACAUGGAGCAGAAUGUCAAAGGAAACUUUUUCAACAUCUUGUGGAAUCAAGGCCACGGAGAACUGAGACUGUUUUGACAGCAAAGCGAGGAACUACCCAGUACCAGCACUGUGUUCCUAAUAAGGUGCUCCGCGAGUGUUAUAUUUGUGUUUCGCGAGAAUGUCGAAGACUCUUGUCCCUCCUCGCACGCCGUACAGGGCCACCAGAAAACGUGCUAUGUUGUGACUGAAUGAGACGUCGUUCCUUGAACCGUGAAACAGCCACAGUUUCGUCCCUGAGUGCAUGUUCAGACUGAACCGCGAACUUCUCAUGGCUUUCGCACUGUAAGUCGCUGCUGUUUUAAAACUCGGAAAACGCCCGUGUUAGCCUCAGCUGUUAAGCUAACGGCUAAUACAGCCGAAGGGGAGUAACCAAAACAAGGAGGUAGCCCGCUGCUAUACUGAGCUUAAAUACGUGGUUUGUAACCAGCGCGCAAAAAGCCUCUCUCCGCUAACAUGUCAGCCGCGCAGAACGAGUCGAGGAAGCGGAGCAAGAAGCGGUACGUGGCCGGCCACCACAGCAAACGGUGGAAGGGCUCCCGAGAGCUGGAAGUGGGCAUGGAGGGGAUUCUCAUCACAUGCAACAUGAACGAGAGGAAGUGCACCGCGGAGGCCUUCAAUCUGCUCAGCGAAUACGCCGACAGGCUCUACGGACCCGAGAAGUUGCAAGAUAAUACUGGGAGCAGCAGUGAAGAAGAGGAGGCUGAGGAAGAAGACGUUGACGUUGCACUGAAGAAGGAAGUGGCACAGCUGCAAGCAUCUGGAACUAAACAAGAGAGACGCUUCCAGGCUUUGGACAGCGGGGCAAACAAUGUCAUCUUCAUCAGAACUCAAAACCUGGAAUCUGACAAGCUGGUUCAUCACAUCCUCUCUGAUCUCCACACCACCAAGAAGAAGAAGUCCCGCGUGAUCCUUCGGAUGCUACCAGUAACUGGGACAUGCAAGGCCUUCCAGGAUGAUAUGGUGAAGUACCUGACCACUUUCUUGGAGCCUUGGUUCAAAGCCCCAAAUUGUGCUACCUAUCAGAUCGCCUUCAAGGCCCGCAACAGCAGCCACAACAAGAGAGAUGAAAUCAUCAAAUCAAUUGCAGGUCUUGUGGGGAAGCUGAAUCCUAAAAACAAAGUGGAUUUGACAAACCCAGAACUGACAAUCAUUGUGGAGGUCAUCAAGGCAGUGUGUUGCAUCAGCGUGGUAAAAGACUAUACGCUGUAUAGAAAGUACAAUGUUCAGGAAGUAGUAAAAGAGGACGCACCAAAGCCUGAUGUGACCACAGCAAAAACAGAUACAAACAAACCGGAGGAGAUGGAGAAACAGAAUGCAGGGGAGACGAACCAAGAAGAAAAGAGAGGUGAAGAGGAAAAUGACAAAAAUCUGCCACAGGACAACGAGGAGGUUGAGAAGGGUGAAGGUGAGGGGGACUAAGUGGUCGGAUUUGAAGAAACUGAUUGUCUGUUAGUCAGUUAGAUUAAACGUUUCUCAGACAUUAAGUUGCAUUAUAUUGUAGAACUUUUGUUUUAAAUUGAAGGAAAUAUGUAAUUUUUUUUUUGUUCAUGACUGAUAACAUUACUCGACAAGAUAAUGAGGUUGGCAAGAGUCAAACAGGAUCCUAAUAUAAUUUAAUGUCUUUUUUUCUUCUAUUCAUAAAGAUAUCUUGAUAAAUCGGUACCAACUUCAUUGAGAUGUCUGUUUUUAAAUAGCAGUGAUUUGACUCUGCAGUAUAACUGCUCACAAGUUUUUGUUUUUAAAAUGAUGAAUUUCUUUUUUUAAUUUGUAUGUAAUUUUAUUUUUGACAUUUUAAAUUUAAAAAAAAAAAAAAAAGAACAGUUUGGUUCUGGUCAGCUUGUGUGUCACAUGUAGUAAUAGACUGUUUUUGUAAGAAAUGUUAUUUCCUAAAGCAGUACCUGAAUUAAAGCUGCUUGUGUUUUUGACGGUA